UACCACACAGUGGCCUUGAAUGAGAUACUUAAAACCACUGGCAGUUGGUAUGUGCAUAGUUUCCAUAUACAUUUUUGUGAAGAGUGGUGUAGGCGUUGCGACAGUUGGGGGAAUGAGGAUGUUGCGAGUUUGGUGAAUCUGGCAAAGGUGACAUGUCCAAACAAACCAGGAAAUAUCUCGCCUCAUAUACGGCCACCAAAAGUGUUUGGCAAUCAAGGCAGUUGUGGUAUAGAAACUCUUGUGAGCAACAUUGUCGUGGGCGGCAGUGAGAAUUGUGAUCUAACUAGAGGGGGCUGCAACCAUCUUGUGUCGACUAUGUGA